UCACAAGGCUUAUAGAAAUAUAUUCACAUGGAGGCCUCUUCUUCCAAUGCAUGCGUCGACUAUGCCACGACCGAAAUUGUCUUCUUCGACCUCGAGACGACGGUGCCUAGAAAAUCCGGACAGGGCUUCUCUGUGUUGGAAUUCGGUGCCAUCCUCGUCUGCCCACGGAAGCUCGUCGAGCUCGAGAGUUACUGCACUCUCAUCAGGCCUCAGGAUAUCACAGCCGUCGGGACAAGAUCGAGUCGCCAGGGGGGGAUCACCCGGGAUGCGGUCUUGGGGGCGCCCACGUUCGAAGAAGUAGCCGAUAAGAUAUUCGGCAUUUUGAACGGCAGGAUCUGGGCGGGCCACAACAUCCAGCGCUUCGACUGCGUCCGGAUCAAGGAGGCAUUCACCGAGAUUGGUAGGGAUGCCCCGGUUCCUGUUGGGUUGAUCGAUUCUCUGGGAGUCUUGACUGAAAAGUUUGGGCGCCGAGCUGGUAAUAUGAAGAUGGAAACCUUGGCUUCUUAUUUUGGGCUAGGACAACAAAAGCACAGGAGUCUCGAUGACGUUCGCAUGAAUUUGGAGGUUGUCAAGCAUUGCGCGACCGUGCUAUUCUUGGAAUCGAGCCUGCCUAGCUUACUGAGGGGGAAAUGGCAACCAUCUCCAAGUAUGAUUACAAGAAGCAGAAGUCACAACGAACACAAGAUGACUUGCAGAGGCGAGGGCAACAACGUUAUUAGCCGUAAAUCUCCAACAUCUCUUGGAUAUCAAAGAGCUGUCCCCCACGGCAAGGCAAGCCUUGGAAAGAUGACAGAGAAAAUGAAAAGUCUCUUGUACACAGCCCAGGGAAAUCAACCUCUCAACCACUUGCUCAAGCACUCUCUACUCAGAUAGCAGCGCAACAAAGUUAAGUUCUACAGCAAUUCACCCUGCGUCUUCGAUAUCAGAGAGGCGAGAAGACAGAGAACUAUUCAGCUUGAUUGAUGGAGCAGGUUGCUGAAGACGUCAGCACCACUAUUCAUUUCAAAUUUAGAUUGCUAGCUGUAUAGAAUUCGUGCCCUUUCUUCCAUCUGGGAAAAUAAUCACAACAAUGCGGCAUAAAAUGGCAUGAGAUCAUCCUUUCAGUUGCAUUAUUGAUCAAUUCUUUCAAA